AUGAAGUUGCAAUGGCAGAUCGUUUUUGGCCUGAUGCUCGUCUUCGCUGUGCUGGCAUCGAUGGCUGUGGCCCAGCCAUCCUCCCUGGAGGCGGAUGAGGUGGAGGACUCCGGAUCGGAUGAGUCUCUGGUUGGAGAUCCCGAAUCGGAUGAGUCGCAGACUGCUGAGGAGGCCAAUGUCCAGCAGGAUUAUAUCAAUGUGGCGGAUUAUACCCGUCCACCGCCUCCGUGGUGGUUCUAA